AUUUAGUGUAUAGUUACAUGAUGUCUAAAAGGGUUACCAGAAUUAACAGUGGGGAUACCGUUUCAGAUUAGACAAAAAAAAAUUAAAUCCAAUCUUACCCAUGGGAUCACUCAAACAGUGCCCCUACUAAUCGUUGGUAACCCCUUUAGCAAUCAUAUAACAGUUGGUGGAAAGCAGCAGAAAAAAAUUGAUUUUUAUUAAGAAUGUACUAAACCUGCUCAUUUUCUUCGUCUUCUAUCAAUUCCAGUCUUCUUCUUUUUUCCUGAUUUCUGAUUCUUUCACUUGUUGGUAUUGGCAGUAGGUUUUGACCUUUCUUAGUUUCUUUUUUUCAAGAUCUUUUCCCUUCUCAUCUUCUUUCGUCUUUCAAGAUUCUAACUUUGAAUCAUAUGAAAUUGCAAUCUCAAAACAAAAAACACUCUGUUUACUAAACUCUUUCUCCGUCUGAUCUUGCUAUAUGAUCUUAAAGGCAGAAAUCCCCUGAGUUGAGGUGAAAUUGAUACGUUUGCAGUUGAAGCUGAGAUUAAACGAUCGCUGAUUACUAAUUUAUCUGAUGCUUUGGAUUGGAAGCGCAGCCAGGAAGAGAUGUUGAUUAGGAUUGUUCCCAAAGCAGAUAUGGUUAACAAUUUGGGUAUGGCUAUCGAUCACAAGAAUUUCACUUUUAUUUUCUCAGUGCUAGUUCUUUUCUUCUUCUUAUUCGGCUUAACGGUUUCUGUUACUGAUCAACAAGUAGUAGUACAAAAUCAUGGUUCCGAAGGUCAUUCUCCCUCGAAGUUGUUUCUAUUCGGGGAUUCUUAUCUUGAUACAGGAAAUAACAACUUUACUGUUAGAUGCUGGAAGUUCCCUUAUGGUAUGGCAGUCCCCGGUGUCCCGACUGGUCGUUAUUCCGAUGGACUUAUCUUCACUGAUUUUCUCGCGUCGUUUAUGGGAAUUGACACUCCACUGCCUUACACAAAAUGGAACAAUUUAAGCAAGAGAAGGGUUACGAAUGGGAUGAACUUCGCCCAUGGUGGUACCGGUGUUUUUGACACAUGGAUGAAGGAAGGAAACAUGACCACACAAAUGAAUGCUUUUAAACAGUAUAUCGCUGACGGAGUAUACAACAAAAGCGACCUUAACGAGUCCAUAGCUGUUGUUUCUAACGCUGGUAAUGACUACACACAGUACUAUGCAGUAGACAAUGGCACCCAUGAGGGAUACCGAGCGUUUGUUGCGAAAGUCAUAGAUCAAUUGGAGUUGAAUCUAAGAGAAAUUAGAAAGACAGGAGUGAAGAAAGUAGUUAUGCUGACCAUGCAACCGCUGGGAUGUCUACCUAAUGAGGCAAGAACUCUAUCCUACAAAAAGUGCGACAAACAUUUAAACGGUGACACCAGUUUUCACAACACGUUGCUGGAAAAAAUCGUUCAGAGGCUCAACAGUGAAACAACUGAUUCUCCAUUCCAUAUUCUCGAUCUCUAUAGUGCUUUUAUGUCUGUAAUCAAUAAACAGGCAGGAGAAGGUACAAGCUCCGAGUUUGUGAAGCCAUUGUUGAAGCCAUGUUGUACACCUACAGCCCUCAAUGCUCUGUGUGGAAGUGUUGAUGCCAAUGGGGUGAAACAAUACACGUUAUGCGCCAACCCAAAUGACAACUUAUUUUGGGAUUUAUAUCACCCUACACAGUCUGGUUGGCACACAAUCUCCUCAGCUUUGAAGCCUUCUUUUGACGAGUUAAUGCAAUGCAACAUCUUCUCACGACGUCCCUCUGCAUCUGCAUCUUUUGGGUCAGGAAAUAAGUAUUAGUGUGACAGAUUUUUCGGUCAUAUAUAUUUUUGGUCACAAUGCAUAUUUUUGGUCAGUUAGGGUCGGCCACUUAAGUCACGUUGUAAAUAAUAUUCUGGUGUCCAGUACACACUACACAGUCUGGUUCUGGUUGGCACCCAAUCUCCUCAGCUUUGAAACCUAAUAUCGAAUGAUUAAUGUCAUAAGACCAGUUAAAUUUUGCGUUUUUCUUAGUA